UAGGCACAAGUUGCCUCCAUGACCAAACAGCUCUGGAGUUUUUGGCUCCUAUCCCGGAUUAGGGUUAACUCUUCCGACUAACAGAUUUUCUUAGGCGCCAACUGAAAAACUUCCUUGGACCUUGCAAUUCCCACUUCUCACUACAGCUAUUAUAACAACAAACAGGUACAAGUAACUCACCAUUUUUCCCCUCGUUCAAAGCUCCAUUGCAUUUCUUCUAUCUUCUUUCUCUUCGCCGUCGGACAAUGCUGCUGUUGCACUGUAAGUUGUCGAGUAUUUUUGUGAUAUGAAAACGUUCGGCCAUUGUAUUCCAUUUGAUCGAAACCUUCAAAACUGUUUACUGUAGCAAUCUAGAAGAUGAAUUUGUUCAUGAUCACGUUAAGUUUUGUUCUGUUGGGAGGACUUGGAUUUCUGAAUUCUGCAAUGGACUUAAUUCUGAAGGAUUUUCUAAGAGAUUUUGAGCAGGCAGGGUUUCAUGGAGAUAAUGUAGAUGUACCUUCGGGAAAUGAGUGCAAAUUUGUACUUUUGAUUUCACAUGGACGUAGACAUUCUUUUGACUUUUAAUGCAUGCUGCUGCAUUGUGAUCCUCCAUUGCAGCGUCUUGCAUAUUAAUUUGGGUUAGUUUGUCUAAUGCUGGCUGCAGUGCUUAUGAAUUUUAGCGGUUUAUUGCAUCUAUAAUGAUAUUACCAAUUGCACAAUAACGGCCAAUUUUCUUAAAACACCGAUUGACCCAAAAGCUUAAAUUGAUAGGUGAAGUUAGAUUUAAUUAUAUUGCAUCUAACACUCCCCUCAAUUGUGGGCUUAAAAUAUGGAGAACGUUCAACAAGUAGAAAUGAAUAUUAAUUGGGGAGCAAUGAGCAAUGUAGAGAUUUAAAUCUAAGACCUCCUGAACCAACCUACUCUGAUACCAUCUUAAAUCACCAUUGACCCAAAAGCUUAAGCUGAUAGGUGAAGGUAGAUUUAACUAUAUAUCAUCCAAUGAAUUUUUAUUUUGAAUGUGGUGUGAAAAUCUUUUUAAAUCUCUCAAGAGAUCGAAAAGGAGUGCAUAGACUAUUUAAAGUUCUUUCCUUUUCCUGAGAAUUCAAUGAAUUGUUUUUUUAAUUUUGAAUGUUUUGCUUAUCUCGUGUCGUUACUCUUGAGCAUAGUUAAAACUCAUUAGUGAAGUUGUUUAUAUCAAGCUCCUGUCUUCCUCUGAAGUUAAGCAUUUUAAGUUCUAAUUAAUGCCCUAGGUUGACAUCUUUGCAAAGGUAAAACGCUACUAUAGUAUUUUUCAUUUCCCCUCCAUAUGAUUAAAAUUAUGUAUAAUGAGUUUUUGCAACUCAUUGAAUGAGUAAUCUUAAAGACUGUGUAUGAUUUCUAGAAGAAGGAGAAUGGGUAGCCAAACUAUUCAAAGCCAUGAACGCUCCAGAACAUAUUGGACACCAGUAAUGGAACGUUACUUUAUUGAUCUUAUGUUGGAGCAGCUUCACAGAGGAAACAGGAGUGGGCACACUUUCAACAAGCAGGCAUGGACUGAGAUGCUUACGAUGUUCAAUUCAAAAUUUGGAUCUCAGUAUGAUAAAGAUGUAUUGAAGAGUCGCUAUACAAAUUUGUGGAAGCAAUUCAACGAUGUAAAGAAUCUAUUAGGUCAUAGUGGUUUUUCAUGGGACGAAGGUCGACAAAUGGUAACAGCUGAUGAUUAUGUAUGGGACAUUUACAUCAAGGCUCAUCCGGAUGCACGAUCCUAUAAAACUAAAGCAGUACUGAAUUUUAGUGAUUUAUGCCUGAUAUAUGGAUACACUAGUGCUGAUGGAAGGUACAGUCGAUCAAGUCAUGAUAUAGACUUUGAUGAUGAAGUCCAAGCUGUAAAUACAGGUGAUACCAUUGGCUGCCCUGCACCUCCUGAUCGUCCAAGAACAGAUUGGACGCUAGAAAUGGACCAGUAUUUCAUUGAGCUUAUGCUGGAUCAAGUAGGAAGAGGCAAUAAGACGUCUAAUACAUUCAAUAAACAAGCAUGGACUGAUAUGCUUGCAUUGUUUAAUGCUAAAUUUGGUCCCCAGCAUGGUAAAAGGGUGUUAAGACACCGAUAUAAGAAAUUAUGGAAAUACUACAGCGAUAUUAUGAAUCUACUUCAACAAAAUGGAUUUUGCUGGGAUGAAGUACAGCAAAUGGUGGUUGCUGCUGAUGAUAUUUGGGACACUUAUGUUAAGACACACCCAUUUGCACGAAGUUACAGAAUGAAAGCCUUGCCAAACUACUAUGACUUGGUUCUCAUAUAUGGCAAUGUAAUUGAUAAUGAGAACCAGAAUCAUUUGCAUCUAGAUAAAAACCUUCAAGACGACAUAUCAGAGGUAAAGUGUGGAGAAUCAAAUGAAAAUCAAAUGGCAACUGUCAGCGAUCGUACAAGAACAUAUUGGACGCCCCCGAUGGAUCGUUACCUCAUAGACUUACUACUAGAACAGGUGCAUAGGGGCAAUAAAAUCGGCCAGUCAUUUGUGAGUCAUGCUUGGAUUGACAUGGUUACUGCUUUCAAUGCCCAAUUCAGAGCUCACCAUGACAAGGAUGUGCUGAAAAAUCGAUACAAACAUUUGAGACGGUUGUAUAAUGACAUAAAGAUUCUUCUCGAACAAAAAGGAUUUUCUUGGGAUGAAAAUCGUGAAAUUGUUACUGCUGAUGAUCAUGUUUGGGAUGCUUACACCAAGGAUCACCCUGAUGCCCGAUCAUAUAGAGUUAAAACUGUACCAAGCUAUCACAAGUUGUGUUUUAUAUUUGGUGAAGAAAGUUCUGACAGAAGAUAUAGCCGUUUGGCGCAUGAUACGGAUCCAAGUAAUGGAGUGCCUGUUCUGAUGACUAAUGAAAGGAGAAAUGAUCAAGUCCCUGCUGGACCUUUUCCCAUGAUAGAUUGGACGCCACAGAUGGAUCGCUCUUUUAUUGAUCUUAUGCUCGAACAAUUACAAGAAGGAAAUACCUUUGGCCAAGCAUUUAGGGAGCAAGCAUGGACUCACAUGAUUAUAUCAUUCAAUGAGAGGUUCAAACUUCAAUGUGACAGAUAUAUUCUUGAAGAUCGUUAUUUCUGGUGGAUGAAGCAAUACAGCGACAUCUACAAUCUUCUCAAUCACAGGGGGUUCGUGUGGAAUGAAUCUCAACAAUUGAUUACUGCUGUGGAUGAUCUCUGGGAAGCUUAUGGAAAGGAACAUCCAGAUGCCCUCUUGUACAAAGACAAAUUCCUAGGGUACUAUACUGAUUUGUGCAAGAUUUUUGGAAACGUAUUAGACAGAGUAGUUGAUGGUCGGUGUACAGGUGAAACUGAUAACGAAAAUGUGGAGAUAAAGAUGGCUGGACAUGAACACCUACUACUAACAUCAAGAGAGAUUCAUAUUUCUCAACAGAGAAAGCGCCCUGCAGAGAUAGCAUCAUUGGACACAGAGCUGUUGAAGAAAGUGCAUAGAACUGAGAACGACGUGCAGAAAGCUCUCCCUGGGAUGGCAGGUGUAGUCACUAGAUUGGUGAACAUGAAACAACACCAUAACUAUAAAGCAGUGGAAGGUGCCAUUGAUGCACUUCAAGCUAUACCAGACAUCGAUGAUGAACUGAUGUUAGAUGCCUGUGACCUAUUAGAAGAUGAAAGGAAGGCAAAAACAUUUGUGGCUCUGGAUGCAACCUUGCGAAAGAAGUGGUUAUUAAGAAAGCUUCGUUUGCAAUAAUAUCAAGCCAUCUCCCUUGCAGUAACUAGCAAGUAUUUUGCUAACUUCCUACUAAGUUUACCGAGUCAAAAAGAGGAUUUUUGUUUGUAAUUUCACAUAUUAUUGUCUGGUUUCAUCCACCUCUCCAUGAUAGAUCAAAUCAUGUAGUUAUAACUUAUAAGUGACUGAAGCUAAUUUUUACCUUAAACAUUCGCUCUAACUGUAUACAUGGAGUAUAAAAAUGGAAAAAGGUUUCCCCCA